CUAUUGACAUGAUCAACAAGUGGCUGGGUUACUGAUUACAUGUGAUGUUAUAGUUUGUUUGUGAUAAGACUGCUGCUUUAGGCACAAAGUCCUGCCAGGUACAUCGAGCCUGCAGCCACUACACCACAUCCUUCCCAUCCCUCACAGGAACACUGCUGCCCUUCAGGUGCUGUGUUUUCUGCUUCCUUGAGCAUCGGUUGAGCACACAGCAGCAUCAUGAGUGUAGAGUCCAAAAAACCAUGUGAGGCUUGUUGCUCCAAGCUCAAGCUCUUUCUGGCCUCCAUGGCCUUUGUAUACUUUUCCAAAGCCUUCUGUGGAGCCUAUAUGAAGAGCUCAAUCACCCAGAUUGAGAGGCGCUUUGAUAUCCCCAGCUCGCUCAUAGGAGUUAUAGAUGGCAGCUUUGAAAUGGGUAACCUGUUGGUAGUAGCCUUUGUGAGCUACUUCGGUGCAAAGCUCCAUCGUCCCAGGCUGAUUGGAAUUGGCUGUUUGAUCAUGACUGUUGGAUCUUAUCUCAUUGCCCUGCCUCACUUCUUCCAGGGACACUAUAAAUAUGAGACCAGUAUGUCUCAUAGUACAGCUGUCAACAACAGUGAGAGCAUCCUACCAUGUCUGUCCAACAACACCAUGAUUGAUGCAGAUGAGACACCUGAUCUAGACGCUCAGACAGCUUGUGAAAAAGCAGCUGGCUCUUCAAUGUGGAUCUAUGUAUUCCUUGGAAACAUGCUGCGUGGAAUUGGAGAGACUCCCAUCAUGCCUCUGGGUGUUUCCUACCUGGAUGACUUCUCCAGAGAAGAGAACACUCCUUUCUAUUUGGCCUGUAUUCAUACUGUGGGAAUCCUGGGACCAAUGUUUGGAUUCAUGCUCGGGUCCUACCUUGCCAAGAUCUAUGUGGACGUUGGAUCUGUGGAUUUAGACACCAUCACCAUCACCUAUAAGGACUCUCGCUGGGUAGGAGCCUGGUGGCUGGGCUUCAUAGUGACAGGCACUGUAAUCCUGCUGUCCAGUAUCCCAUUCUGGUUCCUGCCCAAGUCUUUAGCAAAGCAAGGGCAGGAGCAGAGCCAAAGUAAAAGCACCGAAAUCGCCACAGUGCCAGAGCAGGAGAAUUUCCUGCCAGAGGAAAACCCAGAUCAUGAGGAGAAGGAAAAGCCAGUAUCAUUCCAGGAGUUAGCUAAAGAUUUUAUUCCAUCUCUGAGGAGACUUUUCAAGAACAGCAUCUUCACCAUGAUGAUUCUCACUUACCUGGUUGCUGUCAACGGCUUCAUUGGCAUGAUCACCUUCAAGCCGAAGUUCCUGGAGCAGAUCUAUGGCCAAUCUGCCUCAAAAGCCAUUUUCCUCAUAGGAAUACUGAACCUGCCAGCAGUAGCUUUGGGCAUCAUCACCGGAGGUUUUAUAUUGAAGCGAUUCAAGUUGGGUGUCAUUGGAGCAGCCAGGGUGUCAAUUGCUGCCUCUCUUGGGUCCUUUUGUCUGCUAGCGGUUCAGGUUUUCAUCCACUGUGAUAAUACAGAAGUGGGAGGUCUAACUGUCACAUAUGAGGGGGCUACUCAUGUGUCCUAUGACCAACAGACUCUGCUGUCACAGUGCAACAUGGGCUGCUCAUGCUCCAUGAAGCAUUGGGACCCAGUAUGUGCUUAUAACGGAAUAACCUAUGCUUCCCCCUGCCUGGCUGGCUGUCAAACCUCCAGCGGUAUUGGCAAGGAAAUGGUGUUUCAUAACUGUACCUGCGUUGGGGAGAUGAUGACUCCAGGCAUGAAUAUGUCCGCAGUCUUGGGCCAGUGUCCAAGGAAGAGCAACUGUGAAAGCAUAUUUAAAAUCUAUAUGCUGUUGUCUGUGGUGGGCUCCUUCAUCUCUGCCUGUGGAGGGACACCAGGAUACAUUGUGCUGCUCAGAUCCAUUCAGAAAGACCUAAAAUCCCUGGCCCUGGGAAUGCAGACACUGAUCGUAAGAACUCUGGGUGGGAUACCUCCUCCAAUAUACUUCGGGGCACUGAUUGACCGAACCUGUUUGAAGUGGGGUACCAAACAGUGUGGAGGCCGUGGAGCAUGUAGACUCUAUGAUGCUAAUGCUUUUAGGAUUACUUUCUUGGGGUUGGUUACUGGACUCUACUUCCUGUCCAAUGCACUGUGGGGAUUCCUCUACGUCAAACUUGUCAAGAGACAGAAGAAGUUAGCACUGAGGAAUCAAGCCAAAGAAAAUGGACAUGAAGGUAACAACACUGGUAAUGGGCACGCCAGCAUCAACAUUUCCAUAACCAAAGAAGAAAUGGACAAAGAGAGCACCAUUUAAGGUGUUUGUGGAAGGCAACAACUGUUGUAUUAUUCAAACUACAAAGAUAUUUCACUGCCCAAGUACGCUGCUGCUUCCAUGCUGGACCAAAUAGGUAAUGGUACAGUGUCAGUGCUCUUAAGUCUACGAGCAGUAGGCGAUUCCUGAAUUUUACACAUUUGUUGUAAAACUGUGUGUUCACUUCAAAGGUCAAAGAUCCUUAAUAGAGCUUAGUUUUAACAUGAACAAGAAUGGAACGAGAUCGAAUGAUAUGCAAUCCAUAUCUGAACAAAAACAUACAAAUGCAUAAACUUAGAGGUCUUUUUUAGAUUUUGUAUUUGACGUCAAGAAGGCAUAAGCAGUGCUGAUGUGUGGGGGCGUGGCUUCUGAGAAAAAACUUUCUUUUUGAUGAUGUUCAGAAACAUUUCAGUAAUUUAGAGCAAGCUGUCAAAUACAUCAAAUAACAGGGAAAAGUUGUGUUUACUUGAAUAGCAUUAGAUCAGGUUUUAAUAUAAAUUUCUCAUCCUUCAACUUUGUAUUCAAAGUGAUUGUAUGUGCAGUUUCAAGCAUGUAUACAGUAUUUACAAUAUAUCUUUGUACAGUGUAUAGUUUUUUUUCCAUUCUUUAUUAUUAGCAUUUUAUAAAUUGGACAAACAAAAAUAGGGCACUAACCCAUACAUCAAAAUGGUCAAUACAACCACAAAACAGAUAAAAGAUACAAGUAGUAAU